GCAGUUGUCUGCAACAUAUGCCAAACACAACAAAAACAGACGAACAACAACAAAAAAACAGCGAAAGACGAAGAACAAUUGUUGUCGUGUGCAGCACUUACUAGUAUAUUGCAUCGGUGGAUGAACGUAAUUUAAAAGGAUCAGUGCAGUAGGGCCGGGGAGGACUAUUGAUCAGUUAAAAAAGAAGUGGACGGAUUUAAAGUCUGCAGCAAAGAAGAACGAGAUAAAGCGGAGGCAUUUUGCUGCCGGGACAGGUGGGGGUCCUGCGCCCCAAGAGCCAACUGAUGUAGAGAUGAAGAUCCUGAGUGUAAUCCCCGAGGAUAUGGUAACAGGGGUUGCUGGUGGAGUGGAUGUUUUCGAAGACUCAUGCAAGCCUCAUGCUGUCAAAAAGUAUAGGCCAUCUGAGCCUUCAGGGUCAACUUUCACCGCCAACAGUUCAACGCAUCAUGACAUAAGUAUCAGUGAGGAAGAGGUCAAUGGCAAAGAAGACAGUAACACAGAAUCAAGACCUACACCACCAAAAAGAAAUGACAUUGCUCAUCAGAUGCUUGAAGAGCAAAAGAAACAAAACGAGUUCCUGGCAAUGAUUAAUUUCAACCUUGCAGAACUUGUGAGCUUGAAGAGGACAGAAGUCCAAAUUCUGUCAGAAAAACAUCUGAACAAGACAUUUUUUUAAAUUUAAAGACAGUGAAUACUUGAAUGAAAGGGAGUGAAAAUAGUUUAUUGGUUGUUAAUAUUUAUGAUAAACAUAAUAUAAAUGUGUACAUAUUAUUUCUAUAUCAUAAUGUACAUGGUUAACUUUACUUGCUAGAAUGUCAUUAUGGCAUACAUACUAAAAAUUUAACUAUAAUAUGUUCUUUUAAAUGAAUUUCAAUCAAAUUACUUUCACUCCCUUUCAUGUUACAUUACAGUUUAUUUCAUUUAAUACUAUCAUAAAAACUCGGGAAAAAUCCCAUUACAUUUCAUAAGUGCAUAUACAUGUAAAUGAUAACCUCUUCAAGCUUACAAGUUCUGCUGUAUGAUCUGUUUGAAAAUAUUUCUCCAUAAAAAGAGUGCAAUUUAGUUAUGUCUAACAUUGUCAUCAACCAAUGUGAUAACCUAAAGACAUUUUUUUCAUUUCCUUUAAUACAUGCUUUUGCUUAUUUUUCAAGUGCAAUACAACCAUCAUAAUUUAACUAGUUUUACA